UGAAAGAAAAAACUAGGCCUCCAACCACAACUAUAAUAGUUAAAGAUAGUUCUAAAAAUAUAUGCUCAUGUGCUAAAAUACAUUCCAUAGCUACAUUUGUAAUAUUCUUUUGGUGGUACAGAGACAUUUCAAUAAUCUUCAUUCAAUUUUUUCCACAAAAUCUUCCACUACCAUCCCCUAUUUUUAUCAUCACAUUAUCAUUGCGUUAGAAGGAAGACCAGGCGGGAGAGAUUUUAAUCUCACCAGCCGAGUCUUCCUAAAAAAUUCAAAUUUAUUUUCUCUAUUCUAAUACCAAUGGCGCAAAUCGAUGACUCUAACGAUAUAGCUUAUUCUUAUGUUCCCGUACCCCGUGGACCUCACGCCGGUGAAUCUCCGGCGGAGAGUCGGGGAAAAUUGAAGGCGGGGGUUGCGAUCGUUUGUGGAUUGUUAUUGCUAGCUUCCUUAGUAGCAUACAAUGGCUACAGUGAAUCUAAUAAAAAAAGAGAUGAGUUAUAUUCAACGUUAAAAUCUCAUUCAAAUGAAGAUAAAAAUAAAACAAUAACUUUUCAGAAAUGGAUGCCAGUUUCACGAGGUGUAUCUGCAGGAGUUUCAGAGAAAUCCAAUGGCAUGUUCCAAACCAACACCAAUUUACAAACUUAUCCUUGGAAUGAUAACGUGCUAUCAUGGCAGAGAACCGCUUUUCAUUUCCAACCGAAACAUAAUUGGAUGAAUGAUCCUAACGGUCCGUUGUACUACAAGGGUCGGUAUCAUUUUUUCUAUCAAUACAAUCCAAAUGGCGCGGUUUGGGGUGACAUAGUAUGGGGACAUGCAGUCUCAAAAGACUUGGUUCGUUGGCUUCAUCUUCCACUAGCAAUGGUAGCAGAUGAAUGGUAUGAUCGAAAUGGUGUGUGGACAGGUUCUGCUACAAUAUUACCAAAUGGUGAACUCGUCAUGCUAUACACCGGUGCCACGAAUGAAUCAGUACAAGUACAAAACCUUGCGUACCCUGCCAACAGUUCGGAUCCGCUCCUACUUAAUUGGACCAAAUACUCGGGAAAUCCUGUUCUGGUCCCGCCCCCGGAAGUUAAUGUCAUUGAUUUUCGUGAUCCGACUACCGCUUGGCUUACCUCUCAAGGUAAAUGGCGUAUUUCAAUUGGUUCUAAGCUUAACGAAGCCGGCGUAGCUUUGGUUUAUGAUACCAAAGAUUUCAAGACUUUUGAACGUGUGGAGGGUAUGCUUCGUCGUGUGGAAGAUACUGGAAUGUGGGAGUGUGUUGAUUUUUUCCCCGUGUCAACUGAGUUGGAUAAUGGAUUGGAUACUUCUGUUAAUAAUCCUAGUGUUAAACAUGUGAUGAAGGUUAGCUUGGAUGAUGAAAGACAUGAUUAUUACGCUAUUGGAACUUAUAAUGAAAGUAUUACUGAUUUCCUGCCCGAUGAUAUUAGUAAAGAUGUUGGUAUUGGAUUAAGGUAUGAUUAUGGUGUAUUUUAUGCUUCCAAGACAUUUUAUGACCAAAGUAAAAAGAGAAGAGUGUUGUGGAGUUGGAUUGCUGAGUCUGAUAGUGAAUAUGUUGAUGUUGCCAAAGGUUGGGCAUCACUUAUGGGUAUUCCGAGGACAGUGCUACUUGACAAAAAAACGGGUAGCAACUUACUUCAAUGGCCGGUUGAGGAGGUGGAGAGUUUGAGAAUGCAUAGUGACAAGUUUGAAAAUUUGACGGCGAAGCCAGGGUCAAUUGUAUCACUAGAUAUUCCAGCAGCAAAUCAGUUGGACAUUGUAGCCGAGUUUAGUAUUGAUAAAGAAGCUAUAAACAAGACAAUGGAAACCGAUAUGGAGUACGAUUGUGAAACUAGUGGUGGAGCUGCUGCUCGUGGCGCGUUAGGACCUUUUGGUGUAUUGGUUCUAGCAAAUGAUGGUCUUUAUGAAUAUACUCCUAUUUACUUUUAUGUUGUUAAAGGAAGAGAUGGAAAUCUCAAAACUUCUUUCUGUUCAGAUCAAUCCAGGUCUUCUUUGGCAACUGAUGUUGAAAAGAAAAUCUUUGGAAGCUUUGUUCCUGUACUUCAAGAUGAGAAGCUAUCUCUAAGAAUAUUGGUGGACCAUUCUAUAAUUGAAAGCUUUGCUCAAGGUGGAAGAACAUGUGUGACUUCUAGGGUUUAUCCAACAAAAGCAAUCUAUGGAGAUGCUAGAUUGUUCUUGUUCAAUAAUGCUACUGAGGCCACUGUUAAUGCCUCAGUCGAAGUUUGGCAGAUGAAUUCUGCAUCCAUAAAGCCAUUUCAAUAUGAACAAAUGAAUUAAAUUGAAGAAUUAAGAUAAGUAGAAGUUACAAUUACAUAGGUAUGUUUUGGCAUGAUAUGUUUCAACAUAUGUGCAAAGACCCUCUCAUUAAUCCAAAUAAAGUUAUAGAUUAUUGUUAAGCAAAAACCUAUAGCUCCUACGUUUUGUCCAAAUAUUUUUUUUAUAAUUCUUUGUAAACUAGUUGCUCUUGGAUGAGCAUCACUAGGUAUCUUCUUAUAUUAGGAGAGCUUGUAAUGAUAC